AAACCUCGUACUUGAAAAAGUUAAUUCGUGUCACCGAUGUUUCUGUUGCGAUGUUCCUGAAUGUUAACUGGUGUCAGGCAGGAAACUCAGCGCUUCGGGCGCUGUCUACACUUUUAAUACCGAUAAUAUUGUCGUGUCUGGCACUACUUCCAUUCGAAACUUGUCACUGUUUUAACCUGAAGAGGCAACAGCGCUUUUCCGAUUACGAUGAUGAAGCGCAUCCUGAGAACGAAUCCGAGCAGCAAGAGGCGCAGCAGGAUGGCACAAUGCAAAGCAGUAGUUUACUUUCCAAUAAAAAUGUCAGCACUGAACUUCUUCCAUAUCCAAAAACUAGCUCUCACGGCAUCGUGGAAGCUAUUCUAAACAAUGAAAAUGUCACGGAUUCUACUGCAAAGGGCGAUCGAGCGAAAAAUAGUGUAAGUGUCAAUCCUGCGAAUGUUCCAGCUCCAAUUGAUUACAGUAAGCCGUAUAUGAUCAAAUGUGAUUCACGUGGAUCAUGCUACGCAAGCCCACUGAAUGAUGAUGAAGUACCUCCUCUACCAUCUUACAAUAAAGCACUUACUUGUUCAACUCAUCCUUUAUGAAC